AUGCCAAAUCUCGGAAACUCGGCUUUGUCGACCUUGUGGAAGCAGAGUCCAGACAAGCUUGUUGCCAAUGUUGUCCUCCAGGGAGGGACCCCAAACACGAACUUCAAUGUUCGCUUGAUCCAGCUCAAAAAUUGGAAGGCUGUUAAAUGCGGUCCCUGCACCAGCGGAGGCGCGACGUUGACCACAGACAGUGACGGAAAUGGGAAUAUGAAUGUCCAGCGAGCAGUAAGCCCUGGGGCAAACGCCGCAUGGGUCGAUCUCAACAACCAGAACAAAUGCGAGGAUUUCUUUGAUAUUGGCCCGCUCACGUUUGGGUGA